AUGCCAGACUUAUGUUAUAUUUGCUAUUGUUGUUAUUUCUUAGGAGAUCAUGAUGUGAAAAAUGUUUAUCAACUUAAAAUCGAUGCAGCCAACAUGGAUGUAGUCAACUCGUACUUGGAUGAAGGGAAUACCAUUCCUGCUGUCUUUAGUAUUCAAGGAGACGAGGAUCAAACAUCAAUAGGUCAUAUGGAAAGAAGUGACGAAGACUCUAGCACUGAGAAGAGCACUGAUAUUGAUACUGCUAUGUCAUCAGAAUGUAGUGCAGCAAGUUCAUCAGGCAGUACUGAUUUUGUUAAUAGCACAUCUGAUUCCGACUCCCAUGCCCAGAAAAUCAAGUCACCAGAAAAAUGUAAAGUGGCUAAGAUAGGUCAAAAACGGACUUAUGCUUUCAGCAGUACUCAAAUAGCUACUGUAACGGAUCCUUUGGGAAAUGAUGAAAACCCUUGUCUGCCAAAGAAGAAAAACACAGCAGCACUUCAUAUUCAGCCAUCAGCAGGUGCUCACGUUGUUGCUGUUGCUAUUGCAAGGGGGACUAGUAUUCAGCCUGAUGUGGAAAAUCAUCAACGUCAACUUCAUCCCAAUAAUCCUCUCGAGCCGGUUGUUGUUGAUAAUCGUUUCGUCCCGGUCACUCUUCCCAACGAAGGGACAGAACCUUGGGAAAUAAAUGAAAGGCUGGUGAAAGCUAUCAAAGAAGGUCAACUCACUCUUUAUUUCAACCAAUUUAUUUUGGUCUGCGCCAAGCAUCUAAUGCAAACUCAUCGAGCUCAUCGAUUAAAAAAUCACUACAGAAACUACGCCGACAUGAUUGUCAAUAAAUAUCCUUGUCUGAAAGACGUGGGAAGGAACUGCUCAUAUGAAACAGUCAAGGAUAAAAUAAUUAAAGCUAUUCAGAACCAAACGGGAUCAUCAAAAUCUAUGGAUGCAAGGAAACUUAAACGAGCUUCCGUUAAAUCUGCUGCUGAUGAUUCACUUGUUGCCAUCGGUGAUGGGGCGUCGAAUAUAUCAGACACUUCGAAUACGACCGGAGAUAGUGAUGGAGACAAAGAAAUUGAACUUAUCUCAAAGUUUAAUUCGAGACGUUCUUUUGUCCAUUCAAACAAGAAGAAAACUACAAGAGAUAUUCUUGAAACUAUUCCGCAUUACAAGGAGUUUGCCAACGUUAAAGAGGAUUUCAUGAAAAUGCCAGCUGUUUCCGUGAUAGGCCAAGGUCUUUUCAGGAGCAAUAUUGACGAUCUAACGGACAAUUUGAGGCGCUAUUUCAUUUGGAGCAAAGGGCCAAAUUUUGAUGAAGGAGUAAGAGGCACACUCCAGAUCUUAUUGCUUGUAAACCAAUUGUGUUCCGGUGUGAAUUUCAGCUCUGUUAUUUUUUUUUAUUCUAAAACUACCCUUCAUUCUAUGCUAAUUGUCUGUGGGGAUGUGAUGAAUUUUAAAAAUAUUGCAGUGAAAAGUAUGGGAGAGGCUAUGUUCAACUUGCUAAGCUUGUAUUAUGUGUUUGACCGCAACUACCCGGCCGUGUAUGGUGUACUACUUCUGCUAGAGCGCUACUGUCUGUGCAACAAAGGAUCUGGUGUUAGAGGAAGAAAAGGCGACCAGUCCAGCUGGAGAAAGUUUACUAACAACUUUGAAAGUUUUCUGGUUUCCAUUCCAAAGCAGACUGUGUGAUUAUUGCUAAUUGCCUCUGUGUUUAUUUUAUAUACUGCGUGACGUGAUUUAAAAUAAACAAUGAAAGAAGUCAAUGAUUUGUUUUCAAUUAAAGUAUGUGAAACAUGAAAUAAGUAUGUUCUGUUCCAUAUAAAAAUAAGUAUCAUCAUAUCUUUAAGUACUAUUUUGGAAGAAGCAUUUUCAGUCAUUUAAGUAUGCU